AUGAGGAAGCUGUGCCCGAACCAUGACCGCGACGACUCCCAGCUGGACACCGUGCUGGAGGUGCCCAUCCCCGAUGAGAUGCUCGCCAACGCCCCCGGCGCCGACAAGCGCCGGGGCGGCGGUCCCAACAUGCGCGCCUGGCUCAAGACCCAGGCGUUCGACCGCGCAACCGCCGAAGGGCCCGCCGCUGCCGCCGCCAACGCCGAGCUCCAGCUCUUCCUCAACGUCGUCGGCUCGCCGCUCAUCCCCUGCCCCGUCCCCCACGACCGCGCCUUCAGCCGCUCCAUCCGCGACUCCUCCAUCCAAGCGUCGACGGCCAAAUACAUCAUGCAGCAGUACAUCGCGGCCACGGGCGGGCAGGCGGCGCUGCAGGGCGUGCAGAGCAUGUACGCCGUCGGGAAGGUGAAGAUGUGCGCGUCCGAGUUCCACCUCGGCGACCAGACCGUCACCGCCGCCCAGGGACGCGCUGAGGUCGGCGGCUUCGUGCUCUGGCAGAAGUGCCCCGAGGUCUGGUACUUCGAGCUCAUCAUGGCCGGUCACAAGAUGAGCGCCGGCAGCGACGGCAAGGUCGCCUGGCGCCAGUCCGCCGCCGAGAACUCCCAUGCCUCCCGCGGCCCGCCCCGCCCACUCCGCCGGUCCCUCCAGGGUCUGGACCCGCGGUCGAUCGCGAACCUCUUCUCCGACGCGGUAUGCAUCGGCGAGAAGGUCAUCAACGGCGAGGAGUGCUUCAUCCUGAAGCUGGAGGCGAGCGCCAUGACGCUGCGGGCGCGGAGCGCGGCGGCGUUCGACAUCAUCCACCACACGGUGUGGGGAUACUUCAGCCAGCGCACGGGCCUGCUCAUCCAGCUCGAGGACAACCACCUGCUCCGCAUGAAGUCCGGCAAGGGCGCGCGACGCAGCGAGAACAUCUUCUGGGAGACCAGCAUGGAGUCCGUCAUCAACAACUACCGCCACAUCGACGGCGUCAACAUCGCGCACGGCGGCAAAACCACCGUCACGCUCUUCCGCUACGGCGAGGGCUCCGUCAACCACAAGAGGAAGCUGGAGGAGACGUGGACGGUGGAGGAGGCCGACUUCAACGUGAAAGGCCUCACCUCCGACUACUUCCUGCCGCCGUCAGACCUCAAGAAGGAGGGCGACGACCAGCCCGGCGGAUGA